AUGAAGCUAGAAAAGAAAGACAACUUUAACAAGAAUGAAGCUUUUGAAUUGAUCUUAGACAAAAUGCUUGCUAUAAGUAGUUUCUUCUUUAUAUGGAUUACUACAGCAUAUACUAGAUGGCGAUUUUACAACUCAUUUAUUGAUGUAUAG